AGAAGAAUCUGAAAACCCUAAUCUGUUCAUCGUUUUCUUCAAUUGCUUGUUGAAGAAGCAGAGAAUCUCCGAGAUCUGUGUGUUCUCUCCCUCUGGGAAUGUGCUUCUUCUUCUUCGUGGAGAACGAUUAAACGGAAACGGAGAUAAAUAUAUGAAGCGUUUUCUGAGAAGUGACUCACAUUGAUGAAUCAAGUUCGUCGUUGGCAGAGGAUUUUGAUCCUCUCGCUGCUAUUAUUAUCUGUGUUAGCUCCGAUUGUUUUCGUUUCGAAUCGGCUCAAGAGUAUUACUUCCGUCGAUAGAGGAGAAUUCAUUGAAGAAUUAUCAGACAUUACAUAUAAGACCGAUGAUCUUGGACUUACUGCUAUUGAACAGGACGAAGAAGGCUUGAAGGAGCCUAAACGCAUUCUGCAGGAUCGAGAUUUUAAUUCUGUGGUUUCAUCAAAUUCCUCGGAUAAAAGUAAUGAUACUGUGCACUCUAAUGAGGGAGACAAAACAACCUUUCUCUCAGAAGUUGAUGGGGGAAAUAAUCACAAACCAAAGGAGGAAGAAGCAGUAGUUUCACAGAAAACCACAGUAAGCUCGAAUGCGGAGGUUAAUCUUUCAGCAAGAGAUAUUCAACUUAAUCAUAAAACGGAAUUCCGACCCCCUUCAGGUAAGAGUGAAAAGAAUACAAGGGUUCAGCUUGAAAGAGCAACAGAUGAGAGGAUAAAGGAGAUCAGAGACAAAAUUAUCCAAGCGAAAGCCUAUCUGAACUUGGCCCUACCUGGGAAUAACUCCCAAAUCGUAAAGGAAUUGAGAGUUCGAACGAAAGAGCUGGAACGAGCUGUCGGUGAUGCUACUAAGGAUAAAUAUUUGCCAAAGAGCACUCCUAACAGAUUGAAGGCCAUGGAAGUUGCGUUAUACAAGGUCAGUCGUGCCUUUCACAACUGCCCUGCCAUUGCUACCAAACUCCAAGCCAUGACUUAUAAAACCGAAGAACAAGCUCGGGCGCAGAAGAAGCAAGCAGCAUAUUUAAUGCAGCUUGCAGCAAGGACUACCCCAAAAGGGCUUCAUUGUCUCUCAAUGCGGUUGACAACAGAAUACUUUACCCCGGAUCACGAAAAAAGGCAGCUUUUGCAACAAAGUUAUAAUGAUCCUGAUCUCUACCAUUACGUAGUCUUCUCUGACAAUGUUUUGGCCUGUUCGGUUGUUGUUAACUCUACAAUCUCCUCAUCAAAGGAACCGCAAAAAAUAGUAUUCCAUGUGGUGACUGAUUCACUCAAUUACCCAGCAAUCUCAAUGUGGUUUUUAUUAAACCCAUGUGGCAGAGCUUCAAUCCAAAUCCUAAACAUUGAUGAAAUGAAUGUCCUGCCUUUGGACCAUGCUGAAUUGCUGAUGAAGCAAAAUUCAAGUGACCCAAGAAUCAUUUCAGCGCUCAACCAUGCACGCUUCUAUCUCCCAGAUAUCUUCCCAGGUCUAAACAAGAUCGUACUCUUCGACCAUGAUGUAGUAGUUCAAAGAGAUCUAAGUAGACUGUGGAGCCUUGAUAUGACGGGGAAAGUUGUUGGAGCUGUAGAGACGUGUCUUGAAGGUGACCCUUCAUAUCGUUCGAUGGACACAUUCAUUAAUUUCUCAGAUGCAUGGGUUGCUCAGAAAUUUGAUCCCAAGGCUUGCACUUGGGCAUUCGGGAUGAAUCUAUUUGAUCUCCAAGAAUGGAGAAGACAGGAGUUGACUUCUGUAUACCAGAAAUACUUCCACCUGGGAGUUAAAAGACAUCUUUGGAAAGCAGGGGGCUUGCCGAUAGGUUGGUUAACUUUCUUCGGGCAAACUUUUCCGUUGGAAAGGAGAUGGAAUGUGGGUGGGUUAGGUCACGAAUCAGGAGUCAGAGCAAGCGACAUUGAACAAGCAGCGGUUAUACACUACGACGGGAUCAUGAAGCCAUGGCUGGACAUUGGUAUAGACAAGUACAAGCGCUAUUGGAACAUACAUGUACCUUACCAUCACCCUUACUUACAACGAGUCUCUCAGUUGUUAGGGGAAGCAAAUAGAGAAAUGGCUAGCUUUACUGCCUCCGCUUCCACCGUCUCCGCCGCUCGUCCGGCUCUCCUUCUCAAGCCCACCGUCGCCGUCUCCGCUCCUGUUCUUGGUUUGCCUCCAAUGGGUAAGAAGAAGGGAGGAGUGAGAUGCUCAAUGGAGACAAAGCAAGGAAACGUCUCAGUCAUGGGGGCUGGAGUUUCAGCGGCUGCAACUGCUGCUUUGACAGCGGUGAUGAGCAAUCCCGCGAUGGCUUUGGUCGAUGAGAGGAUGUCGACGGAAGGAACAGGAUUACCUUUUGGCCUAAGCAACAACCUCUUGGGUUGGAUUCUGUUUGGAGUCUUUGGUUUGAUCUGGACUUUCUUCUUCGUCUACACUUCAUCUCUCGAGGAGGAUGAAGAAUCUGGUCUUUCACUCUGAAGAAUCAAAUCUUCUUCUUCUCGUUUCCAUUUUCAUGUGAGAACAUGAAUUAAAAAGUGUCCGUUUCUAGUUUCUUGUAAUUGUUAAGUAAAGACUAAAACUAUUU